ACGUUCUCUCGAGUAUGAACGGAUGAUAAAAUUGAGCAAUUCCGAAAAUGUAGAGAGACAAAGUUGAAUUUGUUUACCUAAAUCUAAUAUGUUUACCACUAAUCUUAAAACUAAUUAACUAAACUUGGCACCUAAUUUAUAACACGAGGAAUUAAAACUCGUAAUUUUCUCGUCACGUUGAGUUGUCUCCUCUCUUGCCUACCUUCAUUUGCACUGUACUCCUUAUAUCAACUCUUCACACUCUCUCAACUUCUCGCCCCUCCCCCUUCUCCUACUCUCUUUCUCUCUCUAAACCACCAUCUCCUCUUAUUAGAGAGAGAAAAGAGUACCUUAUACUUACCACUUAUAACUCGUCUCUAUAAUUUUCUGUGUUAUCGUAGGCUAGCUAGAGCUUCUUCUACAAUAAUAAUAAUAAUAACAAUGGAUGUCUACGGAGUAUCUGCACCCGACUUGUUUCGUAUUGAUGAUCUUCUCGAUUUCUCUAAUGAUCAAAUUUUCUCCACUAACAACACCAACCCCGACUCCUCCUCUCACCAGUACCACCAUCAACCUCACUCCCACAACUCUUCCUCCGCCGCCACUGCCACUUACUACGACAAUCUUCUUCCUAAUUCCUCCGAUGACUUCACCGACAACCUCUACGUCCCCAGUGAUGAUGUAGCGGAGUUAGAAUGGCUAUCGAACUUUGUAGAAGAUUCAUUCAGCAAUUUUUCAGCCAAUUCCAUUACCGGAACGAUGAAUCUCAGUUCCAAUACUACGUCGUUUCACGGAAGGUCAAGAAGCAAACGUUCUCGUUCAACUUCAAGCUGGACAACCUCACUCCAAAACCCUAACACAACUACUACUACAAAGAACAAGGAGAGUUCAUCAGUACAUACCAGAGAAAGGUCAUUUUCGCCAAUGGAUGAAGAUGCACCAAGGAGAUGCACACACUGCGCUUCGGAGAAGACACCGCAGUGGAGAACCGGGCCUCUAGGCCCGAAAACACUCUGCAAUGCAUGUGGAGUUAGGUACAAAUCGGGCCGGCUUGUACCGGAGUACCGGCCCGCAGCAAGCCCGACUUUCGUGUUAACACAGCAUUCAAAUUCUCACCGGAAAGUUAUGGAGCUCCGUCGACAGAAGGAAAUGCUACAUCAACCACAGCAGCUUCCGCCGCCGACGACGGAGGAGGGCAUGUACGGACGUCACUUUCGGGUCUGCUGACGUCAUAUAAAGAGAGAAGAGACACGUGUCUUCCAACGCUGAGCUAACCGUGGACUCCUUUUUUAUUAUUAUCAUGCUAAUUUUACAAUCUGAAACGUUUUUCUAUUUUAUUUUUUUCAAUUUGUUUGGUUUUUAUUUCUGGGGGCGUUUUCUUGAGAAAAUAGAGUUUGGAAUAAUCUUUUCUUUAUUAUUCUCUUGGUGUAAUUUUUGGAAAUUUGAGCAACGCAUUUUUAUUGAA